AUGUUGUUCGCUAUCGCAGGAUUGUGCUUCCUCCUCGCGAACGUGCUCGGUGAUUACAGUUCUCCAACGCUUGAUAAGUGCCUCACUUACAAGGCAAACAACAAUUGGUAUAAGGAGUUCCAUCUAUACUACAACCGGAAUUUGGAAUGGGACGAUGAGCUCUCGAAUGAUGCUUGCAAUGAGCUGGUGACUGGAGUAGAGUAUGGUGCUUACGCUCGGUACAAGUCAGAAAAGUCUUUCGACGAUAACAGCGUAUCAGUUGACAAGGUACGAGCUACUUUCUUCGCUGGACUAAAACAAGAUAGAAGUAAAGUGGAAAUGGUGAAGUCCUUCAAAGCAGGGAGGAAAUAUGGAUGCAACGGCAAGUUCGAUGGUAACGACCUGACAGUUCUGUGCCUCUAUGAGCCUUGA